ACGUUCUGGAGGUUUACGUGACAAUGGCACCGCAGAUAAAAUACACGAAGCUUUUCAUUGAUAAUGAGUGGGUGGACGCCAAGAGCGGGGACACCUUCGACACCUUUUCACCUCACGAUGGAUCCGUUAUCGCAACAGUUGCGCGAGGUGGUAAGGAAGACAUUGACGCUGCAGUAAGUGCGGCCAAGCGCGCCUUCCACCGCAACUCGGAGUGGCGCCUGCUCGACGCAUCUAAACGAGGCGAAAUCCUCAACAAAUUCGCGGAUCUAGUAGCGCGCGAUACGGACUACUUAGCUGAACUUGAGUCUUAUAAUAAUGGAAUAAUUCUGCAAUUUGCCAAAAGCUUUCUGACAAAAGUCCCAUCAACAAUCCGUUAUGUCGCCAGUCUAGCAGAUAAGAUCCAGGGAGACACAAUACCAGCUGACGGCGAAAUUUUUUCAUACACUUUGAAACAACCGGUUGGUGUUUGCGGUUUGAUACUGCCCUGGAACGUUCCGAUUUUGAUGUUUUUGAACAAAGUAUGCACAGCGUUAGCUGCUGGUUGCACUGUGGUGGUAAAACCCGCGGAGCAGACCCCGUUGACGGCGUUAGCGUUGGGAGCCUUGCUCAAGGAAGCCGGUGUUCCUAAAGGCGUUGUCAACAUCGUGACAGGAUUCGGGGAAGACGCCGGAGUAGCCCUUACUCACCAUCUCGACGUUGCCAAGAUAUCGUUUACGGGAUCACUUGAAGUAGGGAAAUUAAUUCAGAAGGCGGCUGGCACUAACAACCUUAAACGAGUUACUUUGGAGCUCGGUGGCAAGAGUCCCCUCGUUAUAAUGAACGAUGCUAAUUUGCAACUCGCAGUACCGAUUGCUGCGAUGGGUGUAUUUGGUCUUCAAGGUCAAAUGUGCAUUGCCGCUUCACGAUUAUACGUCCAAUCUGGUAUCUAUGAUAAGUUUGUUGAAGAAGCUGUCAAAUUUGCCAAGACUUUGAAAAUCGGAAACCCUGCUGAUCCCACCACCACUCAUGGGCCACAGGUGGAAGAAGUAAUGAUGAACAAAGUCCUUGGCUACAUAGAGAAGGGCAAACAGGAAGGCGCCAAGCUGCAGACUGGAGGGAAACGCGUCGGCACCACAGGCUACUACAUCGAACCCACUGUCUUCUCUGACGUCACCGAUGACAUGACUAUUGCAAAGGAGGAGAUCUUCGGUCCAGUUCAAAAUAUUAUGAAAUUUGAGACUUUCGAGGAGGUGGUAGACCGUGCCAACGCGACUAACUACGGACUUGCUGCCGGAAUAUUCACCAGCGACAUCAACACCGCUCUGCAGUACAGCAAACAUGUCGAAGCUGGCGUUGUUUGGAUAAACACUUACUUAGCGUCGGCCCCACAGAAUCCUUUCGGAGGAUUCAAGGAAUCUGGAAUUGGUCGUGAAAAUGGCAUGCACUGCGUCGAGGAGUAUCUGGAAGUUAAGACCGUUACCAUCGCCCUGCCUAAGAAGCUAUAAAAUGCUAAAAGGAACAAAUGGACAAAAAUUAUAUGAAAUUUAACAAUUUAUCGAGAAACAAUAAAAUGUUCAACAUUAUUUAAAUUUA